CUUAAAAGACAGGCCACUACCAUUCAUCAACACAGGCACGAUUCACACGGUAUUGAUGUCAGCGAGGUAAGAUCGCUGCUGCGGUGGACUCGGAUCGCUGGACGCGGACCAUGGCGGCUGCCACGAGCAGCAGCGCAGCCACGCUACAGAUCAAGCACUCCAGUAUCGAGCAUACGCGGAAACGCAUAGACCCGAGGAGGAGGCAAGCGGCGCUGUCUUUUCUCAGCAACAUUUCGCUGGAUGGACGACCCGUGCAAGACGAUGGAGACGACCAAAACGAAGAGGAUAAUUCGCUCGAGGCUAGGACUAGACAGAGCCUGGUUUCUCCGGAGCGCUCGGCGCACGGUGCGGCUGGCGCCGCCGGAGCUGCUGCUGCUGCUGCGCCGGCGGCGACCACCACGGCUGCCCAGGCGCUCGCUUUUGCAAACCAGGCUCUCCUCGUCAGCAGUCGGGCCAGUUUUGGGACGGGUCCCGCAGCUGCCCCAGCGGGCACGGACACGGAUGGCGACGCGUUCGUGCCAUCCACGUUUAGCUCGCCUUUCUCGGCGGUCCCAGCCUCUACUAGAGGGAGGCUGCAGACGUACACUCAGGGAAUCCUACCUGCCCCCUACUCCAGGCAAGCCUCCCAGAACUACAGCCUGGAGGGCGGACAGAUAGCCAACUCAGCGAUAGAGCUGCAGAGAUCAAGACGAAGGCUCAUCUCCCAGCGCUCUUCGCUUGAAACACUAGAGGACAUUGAGGAGAAUGCUCCUCUACGCAGAUGCCGAACCCUAUCGGGUUCACCCCGACCAAAGAGCUUCAAGAAGAUCCACUUCAUAAAGAACAUGAGGCAACAUGAUAUGCGCAAUGGAAGGAUAGUCCUUAUCAGUGGCAGAAGAUCCUUCUAUAGUGUAUUUUCUGUCCUGCCCUAUCGAGAUUGUAGCCAAGCAGGGGAUGUAAAGCUGGAAGGAGGGCGUCAGCGGCACCCGUCGGGAGGCGUCAGUGCCAAGGAGAUGGUGAUCGGGCUGGAGGGAGUGGAGCUAGGAGCUGAUGGAAAGACCGUGUCCUACACCCAGUUCCUCUAUCCCACUAAUGUGCUGGGUGGUCGAAGAAACACCAUCGACUCCACCUCAUCCUUCUCUCAGUCUCGUAACGCCAGCCAUAGAAGCCUCAGCUUGGGCCGAGCCAACAGCAACCAGAGCAGCUUAGACACAGGGAAUGACUUAGGGGACUUUCGGGAGUACGACCCCAAUCUGCUGGAUGACCCGCAGUGGCCUUGUGGAAAACACAAGAGAGUCCUCAUCUUCCCCUCAUACAUGACGACGGUCAUUGAAUACGUCAAACCCUCUGACCUCAAGAAGGACAUGAACGAAACCUUCAAGGAGAAAUUCCCCCACAUAAGGCUUACGCUCAGCAAGAUUAGGAGCUUGAAAAGGGAGAUAAGAAAGUUGGCCCAGGAUGAAUGCGGUUAUGAGGAACCGACAGUGGCCAUGGCUUUCGUCUACUUCGAAAAGCUCGUUCUUCAAGGCAAACUGAACAAGCAGAAUCGCAAACUCUGCGCUGGAGCCUGCGUCCUCCUGGCGGCCAAGAUCGGCGGCGACCUCAAGAAACACGAGGUCAAGCUCCUGAUCGACAAACUGGAAGAGCGGUUCCGAGUGAACCGCAGAGAGCUGAUCGCCUUCGAGUUCCCCGUCCUGGUGGCGUUAGAGUUCAACCUGCACCUGCCAGAGCACGAGAUCAUGCCCCACUACAGACGCCUGCUGCAGGCCUCCUAGCAUUAGUGACCCAUCAGGAGGACGACGACCUCUCCUCCUGAUCCUCUGCUCCCCACGGUGUCCAUCCUCCCCCCUCGCCCCCCCGUCUGACCGCUCGAAGGUACCGCCGGCUGCCGAUCGGCUGCAGCCGCUUAUCACUACCGACAGCACGCUCCUUCCUCCCGGAGACCAGAAAUCAGCCAAAGGGACGGACGUUUCUAAAACUCCUCUCCAUCGUUUGACUGCUGCAUUCAUCAUCACUACACCGACUUCUGAAAAGGGUUCAGCCGUCUGCCAGUUUGCAUGUUUUCACUCGUCUUCAUCUUCACUUUGUAUAUUUUAGGCCUCUCUUGUUGAUUAAGAGAGCUUUGAAUCUGAUGGCGAGCUUCAUUUCCCAGCUAAAGCAACCAAUGAUUGUACCAUUUUUUAAUCUAUCUUUUCAUUAAUCUCCUUGUAAACUUUGGUAUGAUUGGUUGGCUCCUGAGCUGCGUAAAGAUUUCAUCAAGAAGCCUCUUAAGUGGCUGUUUUUGGCUGGACUUCUCUUCCUCAGAGUGACUCAUCUUUACGCAGGUCGUCAUCUUAAAAGUGCACUUUUUGAAUAUCGCCAGGCGCAGGGGGAAGGGGGACAUUUUUUCAGACUUUCAACGAGCUUGGGAACUAACCCUGAAAAAUAAGCUGUGUUCAUAAGCACCACACACAAGUCAUUUGAAUGGACACUUGAACUGUUCUUCUCUCUUUUGGUUUAUUCCUGAUUUUCUAGCCACGACUAUCCGCAUGAAUAGUAAUGAUUGUUUGUACACAGGUACUUGCAGACAAGAUGGGACUUCCUAUUUUCAUUGAAGUAUUCCAUUCAUUUUCUACCAGUCAAAUGCUUGCUAUGACCAGACCCACUUGUAUCAGUGUCGAAUUUCCUGUGCUCUAUGUUAGAGUGUAUUGCCAGCACAUUUACAGUGCUAUAACGGGGUCAGGAAGGUAGUUUUGAAGUUCGUGAGUGCAAAAAUGCCAUUAAGCGGUGAACAGGAUUAGCAGCGGAGCAGCAGCGGGGUGCUCUAGGACGUGGGCCAAGACCCUGUGCCAGGAAGUGUCCUUGAGCAAGACACAGAGUCUCUACAGGCUUCAGGGAGUCUUCUGUUUAGCCGACCUGACCUCUGACCUCUCUGAGGAGGAGAAAAACCUAAACGAGAUUCCAACAGGGAUCAAUCACAGAUCAAACGUUUGAAUAUAGCUUCAAUCAGCAUUUGUUGAUUUUUAAAUCUGAAAUGUUUUUUUUUAAAAAAACAAUGAAAAUUAACAAAUGUAUCAAUGUGACCAAAUUAAGAAGUAGUAUUCCAUUUAUUUGGCAUGUAGCUCAACUUGAUUUUAUUUUUUUUUUAAUGAUCUCGCACACUACCGCAGAGUAUUGAGAGGCCACCAAUUCAGGAACAAUACAGCAUGGUCAACUUGAAAAAAAUGGUAUUUAACGCUGCUCCAAGUUCUGAUGGUAUUAGAGUUGAAAUGACCACAACAUCAAACCAAACUGUAAUGAGGAAAGCUUUGAUUACGCUGAUUUCGGGUGAAAAAAUAAAUACUGAGCUUAUUUCUGUUUGCAAGCCCAAAGAUUUUGCGAUGAGAUGCACACUCAUGAAAGACUCAUGGGCGACACUUAUUACCUGUGUAUGUUUGUAAAUAAAUUG